AGUGCCAAGCCGUCAACAUACUAGCGUUAGUAACUUCGCACCCGGCCCAUCGCACACGUAUAUAUAUACCGGGGGAAAACGAGAUAUUUUCACCUGGGAAUGGACAGCGGAAUGCAGAGUUGUCGUUAGAGAAUCGAAUUUGCUGGACUAAACGCGGAGGAAUGAUUUAAAUUGGAUUUAAAACCAACGCAAACCUGUAGGCUCGGUCCAGCCCGGUAACGUACUGGUCCGCUUCUCGCCGUCGGUGGUGACUCACGGAGCUCGGGCCGCAUCUACAAGAGGACCGACAGGAUUUCAGCAUGAAGUUCAAACCGAACCAGACGCGGACGUACGACCGGGAAGGAUUCAAGCGGCGGGCGGCGUGUCUGUGCUUUAAGAACGAACGGGAGGAUGAGGUUCUGUUGGUCAGCAGCAGUCGAAACCCGGAUCAGUGGAUUGUUCCUGGUGGAGGGAUGGAGCCGGAGGAGGAGCCGUGUGGAGCUGCUGUACGGGAGGUCUAUGAGGAGGCUGGAGUGAAGGGUAAAUUAGGACGCUUGCUCGGUGUGUUUGAGCAGAACCAGGACCGGAAACACCGGACGUACGUGUAUGUGCUGACGGUCACAGAGACGCUGGAUGCCUGGGAGGACUCGGUCAAUAUUGGCCGGAAGCGUGAGUGGUUCCCCGUUGAUGAGGCCAUCAAGGUCCUGCAGGGCCACAAACCUGUUCACGCCGAGUACCUGAGACGCCUGCGGAUCAGUCGCCCGUCCACCACCACCAACGGCAACCUGCUCCUGCCCCAGACAUCUCCCAGCACCCUCACACCGCUCUUCAGCGCUCCGGCAUCAGCCGCACGCAGAUAGGACACACACACACUCCGUAUAACACACACGUCUACAUGCACCACCCACACACAUCUCCAGGGCCUUUAUGACCCUCACAGCACCUCUUGGGUACCUUUGGGACGUUCUUUAUAGGGACAAACCAAAGUCGUGUGGGAUUUCCGGUGAAGAAUGCCUUAACCAUUUAUUUUUGAAGUCGGUUACUGUCGACUGAUAGGUUUUAGUUGUUGUAAUGGAAUAAUAAUUAUUGACCAGCUUUAAAUAGCAGUUACAUGGAAGUGCACUUCCAUUAUUCCUCCAUCACACUCACCCGCAGAGCUCGGCAUUCUGGGAUUGUGACGUGGGGAAUGUCGGUUUCAUUCCACGCGGCUUUAUCAGCAUUUGACCUCUGAAUUCAGUCGGUUAGUGCUGUCGUGACCCCAGACUUCCCUUUAAGACUCAGACGAGCCCUUUAAAAGCCCCCUUCACUGCUGCUCCUGAACGGAUCACUGGAUUCCUGAAAGCAUCAGAGAAUCCGGUCGAUGAGAUUUCUGGGAAUUAGAUGGCGAGCAGGAGGGUCGUAAUCUCAUUUUAUGCUUUGAUUAAAAAAACAAACCUUUGUAAAUAUACUAAGACUGAAGGUGACAAAUGAUGUAUGAUGGUUUUUAACUAAAAUGCAAAUGUAUUAAUCUUUUCUGCUCUUAACUCUUUCUAUGAGGUCUUUCUUUAGGUGAUUUUGAGAAGAACUGAACUGUGAAUUUUGUCAGAGAAAAGAAAGAAAUGCUAACGGGUAAAUCUCAAGGGAACUGGUCAAGAACGUGCACAGGUCAUAUUUCAGUACAAUAAGUAUACAUAUAUAUAAUUAAAGAUAAAGCAGCCUUUUUUCAAGACCGUUAGAAUUUUUCUGACACAUUUUCCUAUAUUGUUAUUACUAUAGUGCACAAAGAAUGAUGUAUUAUUUAAAUUCUAUUGUAUUUACACAUUGUGGUAUUAUUUGUUUUACUGCCCUUAAAUCAUGCUUAUUUAAUUUUUAACUAUAUUUUGUCAUGUAUUACAGUAAUUUAAGUAUAACAAUUACAAAUCGGAACUAAGAUCACAAAAAAAAAUCUAAGUGAAAUAGGGUUCAUUAAAAAUUUAUGUAUGAAGAUGAAAUAUUAUAAAAAAAGAAAUCAUUAAAAUAGGUUUCAUUUUCUUUAUGCAAAAAAUCUCUAUUUAUAUCUUUAUAGAUCACAAUAUAAAAAAAAAAAUCGAAAUGGUCAUUAAAAAGGCUACAUUAAAAAAAAUACAUUUAAAAAUAUAUAUACAUAUUUAUAAAAUGAAAUAUGAGCUGUAAAUGUUUUGUGAGAUUAACCCAAAUGAAUUUUUGGCACCAGCAAAGCCUUGAAGAUCUGUCAGAUGUGAGGAUUGGGUGCCUUUUUCCUCUUUUAAAACUUUAACAACAUAUCGUACUGUCAUUGUUUUUUUUGUUUGAAACACUGAUGAAUAUUUGUUGAUGGAUGCUGCUCUGAAUGCGUUUCUCCAGUGGCUGUGAGUGGGCUGAUCUCAGAUCUGCUGUAAUCACACUGAACCCCAACACGUCACUCCAGCUCAUGUUUAGGUCUGCGUGUGCUGCGGAUAUGUUUUGAUACGUGAAAACGAACAGGUCAGUGCCAGUCGUUCAUUCGGAUUGAGCGGAUGUACAAAUAACACUUUCCUUUAGAUUACAUUGAGAUGUGAAGUGUCAACAGCAAAACUAACUAAAUGAACAUUUCCUAAAACACUUGGACUACUUCCUUUAAUAACACAACAAACAGGAGUGUUAUGGUGAAGUUAUUUGCCACACGAGAUGUAUGUAUUUACAGUCUAAUAUCUCGGGUUUUCGCAAUGAACUCUGAUACUUUGUGAGGCGUGAACUGUAAACUGCAUUAGGCCUGAAGAGUGUUUUGGUAGAUUUACAGGUUUGUGAGUCAGACUAACUGUCUCUUACCUUUUCUGAGAUGCCAACGGGUCCACAGUUUCUGUAUGUUUACUGUAAUCUGUACAGACGUUCAUAAUGGGUAUUUUUAUUUGUCAAUAAAGAUUGUAUCACAAGGAA